AGGCAAAGGCCCUUGCACCUCUUCUUCGUUUUACUAGUAAUUUUUGCUGCAAGCUGUUUAGGUUUCAUUCGGAUAAACGUUAAGCCGCCUUCCACGAAACAAUUUAUUGUGACUGACGGCCAAUCUAGAGUGGACUUAAAAGAUGCAGCACAAUUCUUUCCUCUUCUUGAUUCACGUCAGGAACAGGUUAUAGUGACUUCUAAACGUAAUAGAAACGUUCUAAACGAGGAAUACUUGAAAGAAGCUUUUCUUGUGCACCAGGGUAUAUUGAACAUUAGUGAUUACCGAAGUUUGUGCGUCAGACGGCCUCCGUCAAAUUACGACACUAGAGCAACCGACGCACAAGACUGCAUCGUCAGCAGUCCUUUGGAGUUAGCUGGUCCUAACUUCGAACAUUUAAGAAACUUUUCUUCAAUUCUGGCUCGUGAGUGGAAUAAUCCCAGGACGAUACUUUCAGAUGGUCAGUCAUUGAAAACCUCUCACGUCCAGAUACUUGGUAAUUUUAAAGUCAAUAAUGAAGCAGAUCCGCCAACUUCCCAGGCUGAAGCUCUUCGAAUUACCUAUUUCAUUAAAAAUCCAACAAGUGAAGAUGAGAAGCAGAAAGUAAAAAGCUUUGAAACCACCUUUGAGAGCCACAUCUCGUCAUUAAGAGAUAGAUUGAAAUGCUCAUCGUUCUUUUACAAGAGUGGAAGAGUAA